AAGUAAAAAAGUUAGAAUCUAUUUAAUGUAAGAAAAGCAAAAGGUGGGGGGAAGGCAUGUAUAAAAAGGGGCCAUAAUCCCCUCAUUGAAGCUGAGCACAAGAAUAUAUAGGCCAGGUAUGCCGAGAGAUAGGGACCCUUUAACGGUAGGGCGUGUGAUAGGGGACGUUUUGGAGCCCUUCACAAGGUCCAUUUCUCUCAGGGUCACUUACAACAACAACAGGGAGGUCAAUAAUGGUUGUGAGCUCAAGCCCUCCCAGCUUGUCAACCAGCCUAGGGUUGAUAUUGGCGGUGAGGAUCUCAGGACUUUCUACACUCUGGUUAUGGUGGAUCCUGAUGCUCCUAGUCCAAGCGAUCCCAACCUAAGGGAGUACUUGCAUUGGUUGGUGACUGAUAUUCCAGCAACUACAGGCGCAAGCUUUGGGCAAGAGGUAGUGUGCUAUGAAAGUCCACGACCAACGGUGGGGAUUCACCGGUUUGUGUUUGUGUUGUUCCGUCAACUAGGGAGGCAGACAGUGUAUGCACCAGGGUGGCGCCAAAAUUUCAAUACGAAGGACUUUGCUGAGCUUUACAAUCUGGGAUUGCCGGUGGCAGCUCUUUACUUCAAUUGCCAGAGGGAAAGCGGCUCAGGCGGAAGGAGAAGAUGACUCCCUCUCUCUUUAUUUGCAUAAAUUAAUAUCUAUAUAUAUAUAGUUUAAAUAAGAAACUAGCUAGCUAGUCUCUCCUACUACUUUAUGUAUGUUAAUCUAUGAGCACCCAUUUUUAUUUUCCUACUCAUCACUCCCUAAUCUCCUUCUAUAUCCUUAAUUAACUACUAAUUCAUCUGGGGUUGUAAACUAUUCAACCUCUAUUAAUUGUUUGGA